AUGGAUCCCCACAAUGGAGCCAGAGGUGCAAGGACAAGCAGUACUGCUAGGAGCUCUCGUGCUUUUGUCACUGCCACUUCUAGAACACUGCAAGCCCAAAAGAAUAAAGAGACAGAAGAGGCAUGCAAGGGUGUAACAGAGGCAGCAGAAUCAGUUAAAGAAGGUGCAAAAUCAGUGAAAAAUGCUGCUGAAGCUGUAAGAGUGUCAAAUAUGACGAAGGAGGUGACAAAGAAAGUAUCUGAAACUGCAGAAACCAUCACAGACAAAGCUGCUUCAAUUAUCAAGGAAAAAAUAGUUGGCAAAUAG